CAUUUGAUAUGCAUGUCUAAGACAUGCAUAUGCCUCCAACGACGUCGCAUAUUUGUGCUGAAGAACAAGAACAAGGAACAAGCGCCGCCCGUCAUGUCUCUACUCUAACUCGGAGUCACGGACAGUUUCCUACUCCCCAUCGAGAUGACGAUACCCUGCUCCAAAUUCUCAUUGUCUUCACACCCACGGCUCUGUCCUUCGGCUCCGGGCAUAGAUUCACGGCCCCUGACUGUUGGAAAAUCGAGACGUCAAGAGAAAAGAUAAUCAGUCACUGGGAAUACAUACGAUUCCUGCCCCCCCUCACACAGCUUCAUCAUCUCCAAAACGGGACGCAACCACCAAAUGUCAGGACUAUAUACCCUGCACCCGCAUCAGUUCUUGGUCAGGCUUUUUUCAUAUAAGAGAGGUAUUGGACUAUGAUUCG